AUGGCUUUUGUGGUUUGGAGGUCUUGCCUCCUCUCUUUGGCACUCGAGUACGUCUGUGGCUUCUCCUGCCAGGAGACGCAGUUUCGGGACUUAGGCUCAGUGCAGCAAGCCUGGACUUUAUGCUGGCCGGCUCUCCAGUAUGGUGGUUGUGAGGACAGGAGACAGGGGGUGCCUGCAAGGGUGCCGGGGACCGUUCUGGCAAGCAUGCUCGAGUCGAACUUCUCUAAUUUGGAUCCCUAUCUGGCUACGAACUUGCAGCAGCUGCCAGACAUACAUCAGGUCGGAGCUUCCUACUACACCGUCCGCUACCGUACCAGGGUUCCUUCUGCUUCGUGUGGUCAUCUUUGGAGGAGGCUCGUUCUCAGAGCAGCAAGCUACACUACGCGCGUGUGGGUGAAUGGCGAGGAGCGUGGCAACGUCACUGGCAUGUUUCGCCGUCUCAAGAUUCCUGUUCCUACAGAAGGCUUCGAUCUGGAGAUCGAAACCUCACCUCCCCCGCACUUUGGUGUGAAUGUCAGCGGCCAGGGUGGAGACCAUCAACUUGCUAAGGAUGGGCCCUUGGCACAGUUUGCUCUGGGCUGGGAUUGGAUACAGGCGACCCCGGAUAGGAACACGGGCUUGUGGGACAAGGUAGAGCUCAUCUCUUAUAGUACCCCUCUGGUGGAAGACCUCUACGUCCGAACGACGUUGCAGCGUGGAGAGGGCCAGGACUACAAUGCAGUCCUGGCCGUGGAGGCCCAACAGGGCCCCUGUGGGCUGAAAUGGAGAGUUCGUCACCACUCCGAUCGCUCUUUGGAUGUCGAGGGCCUCUUGGCCGUCCCUGGCUGCCAAGGCAGCUCGGCGACGCUGCGUUCUGCUCGCUUGUGGUGGCCAUGGCAGCUCGGCGAGCAGUACAUGUACGAGGUGGAGAUCCCGGCGGAGGAUGCCGGAAGUCGUACUGUCCUGCGUCAGUUCUUUGGCAUCCGGCACUCGGAGGUUUACUACGAGCGGCGAACGAACGGUCCGGCCUUCCGGAUCAACGGGAUGCGUAUUUUUCUGGCUGGGGUGAACUGGAUUACGACGGAUCAGAUGCUCCGCUUCUCCACCGACGCAGAGCGGUACGAGAAUGAGGUUCGCCUCAUGCGGACGGCCGGGGCAAAUGUGAUUCGCGUUUGGGGCGGUGGCAUCGCUGAGAGACCCGAGUUCUACCAGGCUUGUGACCGUUUGGGAAUGCUGGUGUACCAAGAGUUCUGGAUGACCGGGGAUAACAAUGGAGCACAAGCCGGCAGCUUCUCGUGGCCUUUGGACCACAAGGUCUUCCUUGACAAUGUAAAAGACACAGUGCUCUUGCUACGGGGUCACCCGAGCCUCUUCUGGUGGGGUGGCGGCAACGAGCUUUGGCCCUCUGACGGGAGCCCUCCCGUAGACAUCAGCCGCGCUGAAAGGCAUCUUGUGGAAGUGCUGGAUGGCUCGCGCCCCUACAUUCAGACGUCCUCCCUCCUGCAACAGAUGCAGUCCUACGACCCGAACAACGUCACAGCCGCGCUGUCCGUGGAUGAUGGGCCCUACGGUUCCCAAGUCCCCGGUGAGUUCUUCGAGCGGAACCCUUACCUGCGGUACCAGUUCUACCCAAAUCGCACUGGCUUGCAGCCCUUUCCCCUCUCCAUCAAUCCAGAGCUGGGGGGACCGAAUUUCCCCACCUACGCGGGCCUCCGCCGUUUCAUCCGCACCCAGCAGGUUCCUGGUCGACUGGGCCACAAUGUGCCUGCUGAGUUCGCUUGGCACAACUUCGAGGCCUUCGUGGUGAACGUCUCUACGAUGUCGGAAUCCGGCUCUUUGGUGGAUCCCAUGUACGACCUUUGGCCAGGAAGUGCCAUGGAUCAGAAGACCUAUGCCCAGCGAGCUAGCGUGGUUCAGUACGUCCAGUACCGGUCCUUGUUUGAGGGCUACUUGAGGCAUCAGUGGUCCUGGUAUGCCGGACUUCUCCUUUGGAAGGGACAGUCCCCUUGGCCAUCCCUGCGGGGAUUCCUCUAUGACUGGCACCUUGAGGCGAACAGCGCGCUCGAAGGGAUGGGCGCUGCCCUUCGGUAUUUGGAUCAUGUGCUGGUGUCCUUAAGGCCUUGUGCCGGAAACUCCGCGCAGCUCUACCGAGUGAACCGGGCGAUGAAGGAGGUCUCAGAGACAGAGGUGCUUGUGAGCUUCUUCUCCUUGCCCAAAGGGGAGAUGCUGUCUAGGAAGCUCUUUCACGCCUCGAGCCUUGAUCCGGAGGGCGUGGCACUGCUCGGGCAGCUGACAUGGCCCAGACGAGAAGGCACAUUGCUACUCCGAAUGCAUCACAACGGCAACGUGCUGGAGCACUUACUCUCUGACCCUUGCAACAAGGAGGCCUUGCUUCCUGGCAUGGACUACCGAAACCUCGCGCCGACCCCCACUCGCCUGGACAUCGUCCAAGAAGGCACCGAGGCAAACAUCACUAAUACUGGCGCCUGGACGGCUCUUCUGGUGCACCCUCGUUUGUGGAGAGGCACUUCAGAGGUGGGCCAACUCCGAGUCCUAAGACCUCAUGGAGCAAACGGGUUUAGGGAUUAA